UUGUGCAAUCAAACAUUGUAGAUCAGAUCCAAUCAUUUACACUCGAACGAAUCAAACCAACUCAAGAGCGUACAUACUAAAAAAAAAACUAAUCGAACCCACAACAGAUUCAACCUGAAUCGAACCCAGGUACCCGGUCCGAUUCCCUGGCCCCUAUUUAUUUACAAACAUCAAAUGACUUCAUAGCUCUUACAAACAGAGAAAAAGGAAAAUGGUAGGGAAAAAACAGAGAACAGUGCUACUGAAGACUUGAAAGCCACAAGAAGAGAUUUGAGCCCCCCUAUAAAACCCACCAUUAUUGUCCACUUCUUCUCCUCAACAGCACCCAAAAAAAACAAACAUUUCCCCCUUGUUUCCCUCUCCCUCUUCCGCCAUUGCCAGAGCUCCCCUGCUUCUGCUCGGAGCUCAGAAGCAGAGCAAAAACAGAGUGAUAAAACAUUUCACAUUUCUCAGCUCCUUCAGAAAUGAAAUGACACUCCUCGAUUAGCUUAAGAUCUCAACCCACAACCAUUCCAAUCUUCCCCCUUUUCCUCCCAGAUCUAAACCCUUCUUUUUUCCAGCCUUCCAAUUUGUUGGCUGUGUCUGAAAAAGGGGAAGAGGAAGAGAAAGAAUGGAGUACACGACGAGGGUAAUUCCGGAAUCUUUCCGGGGAGCGAGGGACGACUUUACCCUGCAAUUCUCCAUGGUGUGGGACCAGAUCAAAGCUCCGUUGAUCGUGCCGCUGCUCCGGCUGGCCGUCGCCGUCUGCUUAAUCAUGUCGGUGAUGCUGUUCAUCGAGCGGGUGUACAUGGGCGUCGUCAUCAUUCUGAUCAAGCUGUUCGGCCGGCGGCCGGAGAAGCGGUACAAAUGGGAGCCGAUGAAGGACGACGUCGAGCUGGGGAACUCCGGCUACCCCAUGGUCUUAAUCCAAGUCCCAAUGUACAACGAACGCGAGGUGUAUCAGCUUUCGAUUGGGGCGGCUUGCGGGCUAUCCUGGCCUUCGGACCGGAUCAUAAUUCAAGUUCUUGACGAUUCGACCGAUCCUACGAUUAAGGAUAUGGUGGAGCUAGAAUGCCAGAGAUGGGCAAGCAAAGGGAUCAACAUUAAGUACGAAAUCAGAGACAACAGGAAUGGGUACAAGGCAGGAGCCCUGAAGGAAGGAAUGAAGCGAAGCUACGUGAAGAACUGCGACUACGUUGCAAUUUUCGAUGCCGAUUUCCAGCCCGAGCCCGAUUUUUUGUGGCGGACCAUCCCGUUCCUCGUGCACAACCCCGAGAUCGGUCUUGUUCAAGCCCGUUGGAAAUUCGGCGUUUGAAACGUUGUCGAGUGACAACGUUGAAGAGAGUCAAUUGUAAUUGUAGGAUGUUCAAGAGAGAGUAUGUGUGAAUGCUGACGAAUGCCUGAUGACAAGAAUGCAAGAGAUGUCAUUGAACUACCAUUUCUCCGUCGAGCAAGAGGUCGGCUCCUCCACCUACGCCUUCUUCGGCUUCAACGGCACCGCCGGAGUAUGGAGGAUCGCCGCGCUGAACGAAGCCGGCGGGUGGAAGGACAGAACCACCGUCGAGGACAUGGACCUCGCCGUCCGGGCCAGUCUCAAGGGCUGGAAGUUCUUGUACCUCGACGACCUCAGGGUGAAAAAUGAGCUGCCAAGUACGUUCAAGGCCUACCGUUAUCAACAACACCGGUGGUCAUGUGGUCCAGCCAACCUCUUCAGGAAGAUGAUCAAGGAAAUCGUCAUGAACAAGAAAGUGACAUUGUGGAAGAAGGUCCAUGUGAUCUACAGCUUCUUCUUCGUCAGGAAGAUCGUAGCCCACAUCAUCACCUUCGUAUUCUACUGCGUCGUUUUGCCUCUAACCGUCGUCGUCCCUGAAGUUGAGGUCCCUAAAUGGGGGCUCGUCUACAUUCCUUCAAUCAUUACCGUUUUGAACUCGGUUGGCACUCCUAGGUCGCUUCAUUUGGUGAUCUUUUGGAUCGUGUUCGAGAAUGUUAUAUCGCUUCAUCGAACCAAGGCCACCUUCAUAGGCUUGCUGGAGACCGGGAGAGUGAACGAAUGGAUCGUGACUGAGAAGCUAGGAGAUGCCCUGAAGGCCAACAAAUCCACCAAGGCGCCCAAAAAGCCUCGAUUCAGGCUUGGCGAGAGGCUUCAUUUGUUGGAGAUUCUGACGGGAUUUUACCUACUGACCUGCGGGUUGUACGAUCUGGCCUACGGACAGUACCGCUACUACCUGUACCUCUUCGUUCAAGCCGUGGCGUUCUUCAUCGUUGGAACGGGUUACGUCGGGACAUUUGUGUCUCAUUCUUGAUGACGGCGACAUUUAGCGAUGAAAAUGGUUGGCGCUGGACUUCUCAACUUGGUUUAGUUGGGGGGAAGGGAAAUUUGUUUCCUCUAUAUGUUGUUGGUUUCUUGCAUUUCCUCUUCUUCUUCUUCUGAUGUAUUUUGUGUAAAGGGUUGCCAAAGAGAAAGUAAAGAAGAUCAUAUUAAAUUCUUUUAGGGUUUGGGGCAUAAAAGGUGUCAAGGUGUUGGGGGAUGAGAAGAAGAAAGAAAAAGGGUUUUGUCAAUUGGGGUAAAUUUCCCAUCUAUGGUUCCUUGUGAAUAUAUUGUGUGGUAGUUGAAGGUUCAAAGAAGGGGGCCUUUUGGGAAGAGUUGUUACAUUUUUAAUUUACAUACAAUGGAGGGGGAACAAGAAGAAGAGGUAAAUGGAAGGACAGGUUGUUUGUGUUCUAAAUAGAGUAGAAAGAGUGUAAUUGUGAGUUACUCCUUAUUACUUUUUGGUUCAUCAUUUUUUUCUAUAGCUCCCUAUGUUGGGUUUGAGAUUUUGGGUUGGAAGUAAUAAUAAGAAAAGAUUAAUCUUUCCAUGUCAAAUUUUCUAGAGGGAUUUCCCUUUCUC